AUGGUAACAUGGCUACGUACCUAUUUAGACAUGUCCCCUGAACGGGCAACAUGGACAUAUGUUGCUGAUGCCCUAAUUGCGCACCACACACCCAAAACAUACGAGAACAUUGAUGACUUCUCUAAAAUAAAUAUAUUUCUACAAUCCUGGAACACAGAUAGUAGGAAACUGCCCAAAGACCUGCAAGACAUGAUCACUGUAGCAAAAAGACAUGGACUCCGCCUCGAUGGAUUGGCCUUCUCACGAAAUAUCAUCAGGCAAAUGCCAAUAUGGCUACACAGUGAAUCUAAAGAGAUAAAACGACAACAUAACAACAAUGUCUGCAAAUGCCUGAGAAAAAAUCACGAUGUCAAAACAGUUGGAGAUGCAGAAAAAAUAGCAAAACUGACUCACACCACAAGGCACACAAAUAGACGAAACUGUGCCUGUACAUCGUGCCGAAACAUACGACAGAACACAGGGUGCACUCACCCAAACAGAUGCUAUGACAAAGCACAGGAACUCCUCAACCUACUCCCAGCAAAAUGGAAUCCCAACUCCCGACUACCGGAAGACUAUGAGCCAGAGGAACUUGACCCGGCAGGAUACAGAGAUGGAAAAACAUUUGACUGGAGGAUUACUACAAAGGGAAAUCUGGCUAACGCCUUCCGGAUCUUCACAAACCGAGAAAAAAAUACAAGCUUACCUGAUACCGAAAGAACCCAGAUAAAUAUAGGACCCACGAUUGAAGCAUAUACUGAUGGAUCGUGUAUACAUAAUGGCACAAACGAUGCCAUCGCGGGAGCGGGAGUAUAUUUCCCAAACGAGGAGUACUCACAUCGUGCCAUAAAACUCCCGGAAUAUGUAAAACAAUCAAACCAAAGUGGAGAAAUUAUCGGAAUCAAAGAAGCAGUAGAAACUGUAGAUGAAGAGCGAGAACUC